AUGAAUUGGCCAGAAUUUGUAUCCCAUCUUCAACUUGACUUCGCAAUUUUAUCGCUCAUCCUAAAUUCAAUUUUAAUAAUCCUAAUCGCUCAAAAAUCCCCCAGCGAACUUGGUUCAUAUCGACAUUUGAUGAGUUAUAUCGCAAUUUUUGAAAUGCUCUUCUCAAUUAUCGAUUAUUUUCUUUCCCCGGUUAUUUUAUCGCAUGAUUCGAUGUUUCUAAUUAUAAUUCCAAUUAAAUAUUCGGAAUAUUUGACAAAAUCGCAAUAUUUGAUGAUUGAAUGUGUUUGGUGUGGUUGUAUUGGUAGUUUUAUGGCGUUUUUUGCGAUUCAAUUCAUUUAUCGAUUUUGUGUUGUGAAUAAGUGAGCGGAAGCUUGAAAAUUUGCGAUUUUUUGAGCCCAAACACGGCUAGGGUUACUGUAGAUUUAGCGUUUGCAGUUUGGUUACUGUAGGGAAAUUUUGACAAGAGUUCUGAUAAUAAACUCUAUUGCAGUUCGGGUUACUGUAGGGUUGUUUUGAUAUCAAAUAUAAGAUUCCAGGUAGUUUUAGCAGCUUGCAGUUUGGAUUACUGUACUUUCCAAAAAAUGGUUACUGUAGGGUAAUUUUUAUAUCAAUUAUGAGAUUUUUGAAUUUUCAGCAUCUUGCAGUUUGGAUUACUGUAGGUGCUGAAUUUUUUUGCAGUUCGGGUUACUGUGGAUUUCAGGAAAUGAUUUUGAUAUAAAUUAUUAUGUUCUGGACCCAAAUAGAAACUAUCUGAAAUUAAUUUUAGAUCUUGAAAAUUCCUUAAAAAAAUUCCAGCUCAAAAAAAGUGCUCAAAUCAUUCGACGACCAUCGUCUAUUUUUCUGGAUGCUAAUCCCAAUUCUAACUGGAAUUGCAUGGGGAAACAAUGUCUAUUUUUUGAUGGGUCCAACUACUGAAAAGGAUUCAGCAAUCCAUGAUUUACUUUUGGAAAAACUCGAUUUACAUUUGAAAAAUGUGACAUAUAUCGGGCCAAGAUGUUAUGAAACAUCUGACGAGAAUUAUGUUAUAAAAGUCUAUCACAAGGCGAUUAUAUCAAUUAUAAUCUCACUUAUCAUAAGUUGCACUUCUCUAAUUUUUGUCAUUAUUUUCGCGCUCAAAACAUUUCUCAAAUUCCGUGAAACAUUUCAAAUGAUUUCCAAGCAGGAAAAUAAUCUACAACUUCAAACAUUCUACGCUUUAGUUAGCCAAACUAUUAUUCCAAUGAUUCUAAUGCAUUUUCCCUGUACAAUUGUCCUAAUUUCCACAGUUUCAGAUUUCAAUUUGGGACAUAUUAGUAGUAUCGCAUCUGUAACAUUUGCUUUGUUUCCAGCAUUAGAUCCUCUUCCAGUUAUGCUAAUUAUUAAGAAUUAUCGGGGGACUUUGUUGAAUUUUGUGGCGACUCCGGUUGCGAUUUUUGUCAGGAGGAAGAUUUUGAUUUGA